UCCCAGAUGAACGGGAAGUUUACAUCGUUGUUGACACACGAGCUACACAUUGAGCUACAAUUUCUUAGCGAAAUUGUUGAUUUUUGUCUAAACAAAGAAAAUAUGGUUUGCGACAAUUGUGAGAAGAAGCUGGGCAGGGUGAUAACUCCAGACACCUGGAAGGAUGGUGCGAGAAACACUACAGAGAGCGGUGGGCGGAAGCUGAACGAGAACAAGGCUCUGACAUCUAAGAAGGCCAGGUUUGAUCCUUAUGGGAAGCCAGGAAAGUCAGGCUUUGGCAUCUGCAGAAUCUGCAAGAGCUCUGUUCACCAAUCAGGAUCUCACUACUGCCAGGGCUGUGCCUACAAGAAAGGUAUCUGUGCCAUGUGUGGGAAAAAGGUUCUGGACACCAAGAACUACAAGCAGACCUCUGUCUGACAGGCUUCUGACAGGCCACCAGGAGGACCAGAGGGAGAGGGGAGGGAGGAGAAGAUAGAAAGGGAGGAAGGUGUGCACGAGGAAUGACGACUUUAUCCUGUUGUUGAGACCCCCUGACUGUCUAAAACACUCAUAGCAGAGUUGCAGUCAAGGGGUUUUUACUGUGUGUGUGUGUGUGUGUGUGUGUGUGUGUGUGUGUGUGUGUGUGUGUGUGUGUGUGUGUGUGUGUGUGUGUGUGUGUGUGUGUGUGUGUGUGUGUGACAUGUGGAGCAGGGUUUCCCUCCCUGUUGUAAAGCUCCUAUCAUUUUCAGCUUUGUAGUAGCAAUACGUGGCCAGCACUGUUCCACACACCAAAUCGGAGGCUACUUUUAGUUUUAAUAGCUGAACUGAUGGUUUCUCUCCUGUUGUGUCAAAUCUGCUCUGAUACAGGAGUUUCCUUUUAUUGAUUCUUUGUGAAUUAUAUCAAGUGUUAUGUUUGAGUGCAUUAAAAUAUUCAAUAUGUAACGGCAAA